UUAUUAUUUUUUAGGUUCUCUUAGCAUUUGGCUUCUUGAUUUUUAGAUUCGCAUUAAGUUUAGCCGUUCUGUUUCGCGGAAACAAUCAAUUUGUCAAUUUCUGGAGUUUUAUAAAGAUAACUGUGGUAAUGAUGGGUGAGUAUGACUACGACAAGCUGUUUGAAAUUGAAGACGAUAAGAGAAAUUUUCUACCAGUCACAAGUGGAAUCGUGUUCAUGGUCUUCGUCAUGCUGGCCAGCAUCGUUCUGAUUAAUCUUAUGAUCGGUCUGGUGGUCAACGACAUUCAAGGGUCACAUACGUCGAUUAAUAAAACAAGCGAAAUUUGUCGCACAUCUAGAAAAAGUGAUGUCACACCGAAUCUUUCACAGGCCUCGGCUACAUCAUCUCUUAAGAAAGCUAUUUCGCUCGAGACGCAAAAUUACUACAACAAUUAUGUUGUCCUCUCAUGAAAAAUAUUUUCGUUAUAUGAAUCCUUUUAUGAACCCUCCAAAGAUUCCAACGCAUCUAAAAGCUUUAUUUCCAGGAAAUCUUUCAAGAACGAUAAGUAUGAAUUAUAUACGAUUUUACAAUUUGAAGUACAUUUUUCUAUUCGUCGAUAAUUGAAAUCACGUCUAACGUAAAUUUGUAUUGUUAUGUUUUACAAUUAGCUUAGCAGACAAAAUCAAAGAAAUUGACAUACAAAACUGACUUUGAUACUAUCCAAAUUAGAGGAACAAAUUCAAGAAUUAAAAACACAUUGUCAUCAUAAUUUAAGAUUGGAAGAUCGUAGAAACGACGCGGAUUCUUUCAAAAAAAAACCUGUUUAAAAAAAGUCUUAAAAAUAUUUAGUAUAUUGCAAUCAUUUUUCGGUGUACUGAACUAUUAAUCUUUUAGCAACAUUUAUACUCAUAAAGUACUAUAGAAAAUUUCGUUAUCGGAACUGUAUAUUUAAAAAAAAAAAGAUGUGUGUGUGUGUGUGUGUGUAUGCGCGCGCGCGUGUGCGUGUUUAUGUAUAUAAAUACGUAAAAGACAAUGCACGACAGUAAUUGUAACUCAAACAUAAUGAUUAUCUUUGUACGUAAUUAUUGAUUUCAAGAUUUAUCGUCUAGACUUAUCAUUUUC